ACUAUGCACCUGAUCCAGGACCUCAUAAAACAGGAUGUGCUAGGACUGAAGGGUAUUAUAAAAUACCACCAGAAGAAAAACGUAAAUACGUUACAUAUGGAAUCGCCGGUACACCAUAUGCAAAUGCCACAGCUCCAGCGCCUAGUCCACGUGAAUCAAGAGCAAAACGACGGGAAUUACAUGCAAGGAUGGCCACAGCAUCGGAAGAUUAUCUUCAAUUCAAUCCGUUAAAAUCACGAGAAAGAGAACUUACAAUAGCAAAAUCAUCGAUACAUCAUUAUGGACUUUUCACUUUGGAAAAAAUAAAGUGUGGAGAAUUUGUGAUCGAAUAUACAGGAGAAUUAAUUAGACAGGCAGUUGCAGAUUUGAGAGAAAGAAAAUAUAAAGCAGAAGGGAUUGAUGGAAGUUAUAUGUUUAGAGUUGGAGAUGAUACAAUAAUCGACGCCACCAGAAUGGGAAAUAAUGCUAGGUUAAUAAAUCAUUCCUGUGAGUUUAUCAUGGGCGUUAUAUAA